CGGAGGGAGUGACAGAGGGAGAGGGGGAGACAGGAGGGAGCAGAGUGCGAGGGACUGGAUGGAGAGCUCCGAUGAGCUGGUGGGUUUUGAGAACGUCACCGCGUUUGUGGAGAACGAGACGGAGUGUGUGAUCUGGGAGUGGGAACCCUCCUACUCUGUGAUCCCCACUGUCUAUCUGCUGGUGUUCACCCUGGGGCUGCUGGGAAACGGGGUGGUGGUGUGGCUCUGCUGGUACCCAGCGGCCAGGAGGAAGUCUGCCGACACGUUCAUCGCCCACCUAGCCCUGGCUGACCUUGCCUUCGUGCUCAGCCUCCCCCUCUGGGCCGCGUACGCCGCCCUGGGCUACCGCUGGCCUUUCGGGAUCUUCCUGUGCAAGCUCGGCAGCUACCUGGUGCUGCUCAACAUGUACAGCAGCGUCUUCUGCCUGACCUGCCUGAGCGUGGACCGCUACCAGGCUAUCGUGGGAGGCUGCGGCCUACCGCUGGUGACUCUGCCCGUCCGCAGGCCCAGGAGGAGGGGCCUGUGGCUGGCAGGGGUCUGGAUUCUGGCUGGGGUUCUGGCGUUGCCCGCCCUGGCCUUCCGGAGAGCCCUAGAGGUGCAGGAUCCCGGGGAAGGGCAGCGGACGGUGUGCGACAUGGACCUCUCCUCCCUGGGUCUGAACGAGGAGGCCCAGGCCUUGUGCAUGGCGGCUCUGGGCCUAUCCUCCACCGCCCUGGGCUACGUCCUGCCCUUCGUCGUCAUGGCGACCUGCUACGGCCUGCUGGGCCUGGCCCUGUGGGGCCACUUCCGUCGGAGGGAGGGGGUGCACCGACGGAGGCUGCUGGGGGUCAUCGCUGUGCUGGUGCUGACCUUCGGCCUCUGCUGGCUGCCCUUCCACGCAGUCAAGACCCUGGACACGCUGGACGGCCUGGGGCUGCUGGAGUUGCCCUGCUCCCUGCGGGUUCUGGUCUACGUGGCCCACCCAUACACCACUUGCCUGGCCUACUUAAACAGCUGCCUGAACCCCGUCCUGUACACCUGCCUGGACCCCGACUUCCGGCUCCGAUACCGCGCUGCACUGGCCCGUUGCCGAGGACGACGGAGAGGCCUCAGGCCUAGCCGCUCAGCUUCCCGCGGAAGCAGCGACCACACCCAGUGUGAGGCCCGGUCCUUCAGGGCCUGA